AUGAGGUUCGUCGUGUCGUUCGAUCGUCUUCUUCUUCUUCUCAUCAGUUUCUUACUACAACAUGUACAUAUUUGUUUAACAUUUACUGAUAAUAAUCGUUUAUACUAUGCGAAAGUAAAUUAUAAUUUUGAAAUUCAAUAUAAGUUUUUUUCUUCUUCUACUAAUUCUCAUUUAUUUGUUUAUCGUCAGGAAUUUUUACAUCGUUUUGGUUAUAUAAAAACAAAUGAUUCAUCUUUGGAAAUAGCACCGCCAGCUGUUAAAGCAUUUCAACGUUUCAUUGGUCUCAAUCAAACUGGUAUCAUCGAUGAAUUAACUUGGCAAAAAAUGCGUGAACCUCGUUGUGGCAAUAAAGAUCUUCGACGUAUCCAACGAAGAAAACGUUACAUCCUUCAAGGAAGUCGUUGGCCAUCUAAUGAACCGCUGACCUUUCGUAUAGUUAAAUAUCCAACAACAUUUCCACAACAAUUUGUUGAUGCUGAAUUAACAAAAGCUCUAAAGCUAUGGAGUAGUGCGUCAAGUCUUGAAUUCGAACAUCGGAAAUUAAAGAAACGAGAUGCUCUCAAAGCGAGUAGUUUAGAUCAUAAAACAGAUAUUAGAAUAUCGUUUGAAAUUGGUGAUCAUGGCGAUACAGAACCAUUUGAUGGGCCUGGCAAUGUACUUGGCCAUGCAUUUUUUCCUCAAUAUGGGGGUGAUGCUCAUUUUGAUAAUGAUGAGUAUUGGACAAUGAAAAGUACAGAUGGUGUUAAUCUUUUUCAAGUUGCCGCACAUGAAUUUGGACAUUCGUUAGGACUCGAACAUUCAAAUAAACCUGAUGCUAUUAUGGCCCCGUUUUUCAAAGGUUAUACUUCCAAUUUUACACUACAGGAAGAUGACAUUCGAGCUAUCCAAGCAUUAUAUGGUGGAAAACCAUCGAAAUCGUUUUCUUCCCCAUUAUCUAAUAGCAUUGAAACUUUUCAACCUGCAUCAAAACAAAUGGCUCCAUCCGUUAAAUCCUCAAAUAAAGUUACAUCUCUGUGUCAAGAUCCUCAAUUCGAUGCUAUUAUCACUAUUGAUGAUGAUACCUAUAUAUUCAAAGAUCAUUUAGUAUAUCGACGUUCAAAAUCGUCUAUGGACACUGAAUAUCCAAAACCAAUUCGUGAUGUAUUUGGCCGUUGGGAAGGUGGCAUAUGGCAAACUAUACCUGAUAAAAUCGAUACAGCUCUAACAUGGCCUAAUCAACAGAUAUUUUUUUUCAAAGGUAAACAUUAUUGGAAAACAAUUCGUUUUCAACUACAAACAGGUUAUCCACGUUUAAUACGAGAUGGCUUUCGUGGUCUUGAUGAACAGCAUUUUUUUACUGGUCAUCUGAAUGCUGCUUUUGUUUAUAGUGGUGAUAAUCAUACAUAUUUCAUUAAAGAUGCCAUGAUAUGGCGAUUACAUAUGAAUCUAGAAUUUAGUAGUUCAAUCGAUAUUGAUUAUCCUCAAUUUGUUUCACGUUGGUUAAAUAUUGGAGAAAAAAUAACAAGUGCAAUACAAUGGAUUAAUGGUCUAACCUAUUUUUUUUCUCAUAAAUAUUAUUAUCGAUAUGAUCAUGUUCAUCAACAAGUUGCUGAUUCUUAUCCAACAUAUCCUCGUCCAAUAUCUGAAUGGUGGCUUCAAUGUAAUCCUGGAGCAUCGCCAUCAUCAUCAUCAUCAUCAUUAUCCUCUGCAUAUUCCGAUUUACCUCGAUGGAAACGUGCUGCUAUUAUAUUCGAAUCGAAUUAUACUAAUGUCGAGAAUUCGAAUUAUAAUAGUGGCCGUUGUGAAAACGAACAAAAUUUAUUUCUAAUAAACAUUUCUAUUUUCAUCAUCACAUAUUACCUGUGA